AUGUCGCGUCACAGACCCUUAAUCUUUAAGAAGGUCCCCCAGGGUUAUCCAGAACCUGGCGAGCAUCUUGCUGUGGAACCGGCUUUCUAUGAUGCUACGGUCCCAGCACCCCAGAAUGGCGUGGUUCUCAAGUCACUUUACACCAGCUUCGACCCUUACAUGCGUGGGCACAUGAGGCCCGCACAAGCAAAGCCGUAUGCACCGGCUUUCCCGUUAAACCAACCUAUACAAAGCACUGGUAUUGCCGAGAUUAUAAAAUCGGAUAACGCCGGCUUUAAGGAAGGUGACCUCGUUAUUGGUCAAGUUCCAAUCCAAAAUUUUGUUGCUUUGGAAGGCGCGCAGCUUUCUAGCAUCUCUCUCUUGUCCAAUCCUCUUGGUAUUAAGGACAUCAGAGUUUUUCUUGGAGCCCUGGGUAUGCCGGGCCUUACAGCCUAUUCAUCAUUCUAUGAGAUAGGCAAGCCGAGGAAGGGCGAAACCAUCUUUGUUUCUGCUGCCAGUGGUGGAGUGGGCCAGCUCGUGGGCCAACUUGCCUUACGUGAAGGGUUGCAGGUUAUUGGCAGCGUUGGGUCGGACGAGAAGCUGGCUUACAUCACCAAUGACCUGGGCUUCCAUGGAGGAUUCAACUACAAGAAGGAGAGUCCCGUGGAGGCCUUGGCUUGCUUGGCGCCGCACGGCAUCGAUAUUUAUUACGAGAAUGUGGGAGGCGAACAUCUUGAAGCUUCCCUUGACGCCCUGAAUAAUUUCGGUCGGGUUGUUGUCAGUGGGAUGAUUUCACAGUACAACUCGGCCCCUUUUCCGAUCACAAACCUUCACAAUAUUAUCUCUAAACGCCUCACCUUGCGUGGAUUCCUUUUCAUGGACCCGGGCUUCGCGGAUAAAUACAGUACCGAGCACCAGACCAACCUGCAAAAAUGGAUUAAGGACGGUUCCAUUAAGACCCUUACUGAUGAGACUAUUGGGAUCCAUUAUGCCGCAGAGGGUUUGGUGGGUAUUUUCCGUGGAAAGAACGUGGGCAAAGCAGUUUUGAAGUUCUAA